GGUCGACCCAGCACAAUCUGACAAUUGGGCUAUUGGAAUUCCAUUAUGGCUCAAUCGAGGGGAAUUCUAUUCUUCGCCAUUCUCAGCGCCGUCUUUCUCGCUCUCGUCGCCAGCGUAAUCCUCGAUGACUCCAAAUCCUCGGCCUCCGCAACCUAUUGUGUCUCAGGUACCUCUCAUCACGUCACUACCCUCAAUUCGGCCUUGCCUCGAGCAAAAUGUUUCCGCGUACAGAAUGGCAUAUAUACGGAUGUCCUAGAGGAGAUUCCGGAGGCCAAUGGUGAUGAAAUCAAGUACCUGGACGGCUGGGUUUUGCCGGGGAUAAUUGAGUCGCAUGGCCAUAUUUUGCAGUAUGGGGAAAUGCUGGUAUCCGUUUCUUUAUAUGAGGCCGACAGCAUGCAAGAAGUCAGGAAGCGAAUUGUGGAUUUCCUAGAGAAACAUAAAGACGAGGGGUAUGGGACGCGAGAGAAGUGGGUUAGAGGAAUAGGUUGGGAUCAGAAGAAUUUUGGGGGAGUCAUGCCGACAGCUGUAAGCAUAUUAUUUUCGGGAAUCAAUCCAGAGAUGCAAUUGCUAAUACAAUGCAGGCGGAGCUUGGUGAAGAUCCCGCGCUGGCAGAUUUAUAUAUUAUGUUAGACCGCGUCGACGUCCAUUGCGUACUUACCUCUCAACGAGUUCUCGACCUCCUGUCAACCCCACUUCCGGAAGCUCCUCCAGGAGGUGUCGUAGUUACAGAUCCUGGGCCAGGAGUCUUUUGUGACAAUGCACAGGAUUCAUUAGUCUUCCCACUUGCUCCAAAACCAGAUGUUGCUCAAAAGACAAGGUGGAUCAAGAGGGCGAUGGCUGAAUUGAAUAAGGUUGGUAUCACCGGAGCCGGAAUUGCUGGUGUACGACCAGACGAUGUUGAGAUACUAGAGGGUAUGGCUGCAAAUGGUGACUUGACCGUGCGAAUCAACGUCAUGCUCGAAUGUGCUGAAAGAAACACUUAUUGCCCGGAAGAAAUCAAAAAUUUGAAGUUGGCUAAUGAACCUAGCACUAGCAACAUGCUGAUACUUGGUGGAGUGAAGUUAUUCGCAGAUGGUGCACUAGGUUCUUGGGGCGCUGCUCUGUUGGAACCUUAUGCCGACAGGCCGGAGACUAGUGGUACCAUGCUGAUUAACGAGACCGAUCUUACAAACGUGGUUGAUAAUGUGAGAUUGCACUCAAGGCAAAGUAUUUGGACAGGACUGACUUUUUUUGUAGUGGUUUAGUGCUGGGUUUCAAGUCAAUGUCCAUGCAAUUGGGGAUCGAGCCAACCGAGCAGCAGUAGAUGCAUUCGAGAAUGUAUUGGGAAGGACAUGCACUGGCUGUAACUCUGAAAGGAGGCUCCGAAUUGAGCAUGCACAGCUCAUUGUUCGUCCCUUUCCUUCUCUUCCCAUCUCCCAUCUCCCACUCCCAAAUCUCUUGAAAGUUGAGAUUCCUGAACUCUAGUAAUUGCUUAUCAUAUAUAUAGCACCCAAAAGAUCAAUUCCGUAUAGCACGCAUGGGAAUAAUUCCUUCAAUCCAGCCUACUCAUGCAACAUCAGACAUGGCGUACGCUCCUUCACGACUUGGCCAGUCUCGCUUAGACAAAAGUGCAUAUCGCAUGUCUACUUUUUUCCCUCCUCCAGGCUUCAAGAGCCUCUACCCUGGCCCCGUUCUUGGCUCUGACUUCCCUGUGGAACCACCUAACCCGUUCCAUGGCAUGUUUGCUGCUGUAACCCGUCUUUCACCUUUGACCCUUGACAGCCCAUCCGGCAAAGGAGGUUGGCAUCCGAAGGAAAAGUUGAGUGUUGAGCAAGCACUUCGAGGUUUUACUAUUAAUGGUGCUUAUGGGUGGUUAAAAGAGGCAGAAAUGGGAAGCAUUGAGACAGGCAAGCUGGCGGAUUGGGUGGUUGUGGAUAAAGAUAUUUUGGCAGACCCAAGUGGGAUGAGCCUGAUUGAUGUUAAGGUAAGGGAGACCUGGAUCGGCGGACGGAAAAUGUUUGGUCAGACUGAUAUGACCGAGGCGAUUGGCUGGGAGCAUCAGUUAAAAAGCUGGCUCGCAUGGUCGAGAAAUACCAUCGAUGAUAAGAUUGAACGAGGUCUUGCCGCCAUUACUGAGUUGUAG